AUGACUUCAAUUCAUCAGGGGUCGACUCCGACUCUCAAGCGGUCCUUUUCUACACCGACGGUGCACACCAUGGCGCAAGAAGCCACGACAACGGCUGUGGAAAAGAAGAGGAACAAGCUGGGAUACCACAGAACAUCGAUAGCAUGCACUCUGGGCCGCAAGAGCUUUACCAGAAGUCAUUGCCGCCGCCGGAAAAUUCGCUGUAUCGUGUCUUCGGAGAUUCAGAACCGAUGUAUAAACUGUAUACGACUUAAGAAAGACUGCAGCUUUUGUCCGGUUGACCAACAACCGCCGGUGGUGGACCCGCAAGGCAAUCUUACUGGCCCGGGAAAUGGCGGCUCGACAGCACAUUCGCAAACCUCCUCUCUGGUCCUUGGGCCCGGGAACACCUCUGGGACAUUAUCGAGAUCUAUAUUUGGAAGAAGGUCGGCACAGAACACCAUUACACUUGCAACACCCGGUCUCAUGCCCUCUAUUGGCUAUGUCAGCGUUCCUGGUGAAGGAUUGAGUAUGACGAAUCCCGACGAACAGAGCUUCUGGGGGUUGCCCACUGAGCAAAGUCCAGUAACACUGUCCGGAUCUAUGGAUAUGAGCUAUGGUUGGCAUUCUUAUGGUAGUGAAUGCAGCUCUACCGAACAAGCAUCAUCGUUUGGGCUCGAAGCGGCCACUCAGCCGACUUGGAUGACAGCAACAUGCGAAACAGCGCAGCCCAAUGACUGGAACUGGAACAGCGGUGUUAACCCAACUGCACAGGCGAGAUCUUUGUCAUUCAGCAACGAUCUCAUUGGGCUGCCACAGCAAGAGUUUGUGUCGGGUUCAAUCAUAGAGGUGAGCCGAGCGUUAUCUGGGAGCCUCAACAGCAGCACAUUCUCCAUCAACAACAAAAUGGACAUCGUUUUUAAUUAUUGGAGUGUUUUGAAGGACAGGACUCCGCCCGAGAACACGACUCUAGGAGCGAGAAAUGCGCACAGAAAAGGGGUUGAUAGGGCUAUGGAAAAUGUUGUUGAAGUUGACUUGCAGUCACCAUUUUGCUCACUAGAUGCCACCCUAGAGUAG